GCCGUGCAGCGGCGCCUCAUCAUCACUGAGCGGCUCUACAGCGAUGGAUUUACGGUCACAGCGCACUUCAGCGGCUCUACGGCGAUGAAAACGGACAGCAUUCACCGCUGACGACCGGGAGAGCUCUGAGAGUCAUUUUCAGUCACUCCUGCCUGCUGUGCGAGACAAUGUCUAGACACAGACAUAGUGUUUCAGCGGUGUGGACCAUGAAGACCUCUGUCCAGAAGCCCUGUGUGAUUCCUCUGGACUCCCUGGUUAGAAACCUUCCAGGUAGUGUCCUUUGUUAAGGUAGCCUGCUGGAAAAAGGAUCCUGACUUGGCAAUGCCGUUCUUCUGUGGCCUUCUGCCAAGGGCUACGGCUCUUGUGGGAUGAGUUAGUGGCCUUGAUUUCGAGUCGCCGUGACCAGAUGGUGUGCAGCGAGCGAAGCUCGGGCACCUCGGUGCCCAAAAAGGAGCCGCAGAGCCGGCGCAAGAGGAAAUCUCGCCCGCAGGGCCUUCCAUCCCCAGCUUUGUGCUGCGCCUGUGGCCUGUGCAUCAUGCUGGCGGGCAUCAACAUCACUUUGGUUGGCGCCUUCGCUUUUAGCACGCUAAUGCCUUCCGGCAACCCUCCCAUCAUCAUCGGACCCAUCCUCCUGCUGGUGGCCUUCACCUUUUUCGGCGCUUGCUGCGUCUGCAGCCGUCUUCCGCCUCCGCAGGGCUCCCGUCGGUCCAAAGGGGGCGCCGGAGGUGGUGGUUUGGGCUUCAUGGGGCGGGGAACGGGGCUAGGAAGCGGGACGGCGGCGUUUGAGAUCGAAACUAGCGAGCACACCAUGCAGGAUACUACAGCCGUGCAGCUAAGCCCGACAAACUCCCCCAGCAGCUCCUCGCAUGGCUCCAGCCCGGACCAGGAAGCUUCAGCCAUGAUUUCUAAUGCUAACAUCCCCGCUCCGGACUACAACACACCCUCUAGGUCCUGCAAGCUCUUCACUAUGGAGGCUAACGGCCCUAGUUCAGCCUCGGCCACUUUCUCAGCCUCCACAGAGGGUGGGGGAGCAGUCAGGCUAACUUUGCCCUCUGAUGGUGCGGCUACCUAGCAUGGAUGAGACGAGCAAUCCUGGGCCAUUUACGGAAAGCUGACAUAUAAGGAGCUGGAAUUGACAUUGAUGUCAGUCGCUAGCCUAUCGAAUCAUUCAGCCUAGCAAGACCCCGCAACAUAAGAGAGCUUGCCUACUUUGUUGAGAUGUAAAUACAAUGUGGCUGGGUAGUGUAGUGGCCAACACAGUGGAUAACGCCACACAGAAGAGUGAGAUCCAGGCAGGGACGCUACACCAAUACUAAUAGGAGUCAUGGAGCUGGACUCCCAAUGCUACUUUCGCCCAGCAUUGCUCUGGAUAAGAGCGUCUGCGAAAUAUAUAAAUGUAAAUACAGCGUUCCGGGAUGGAAGAUGGCACUUUGGGGAGCCGCCUUGUGACCACAGGUGGUUUGUGGAGACACUCUGCUCUGGAUUAGAUCCACACGGCACUCGGUUCCACAGAGAAUAAUAGCGUGUCGGAGAAACGUAUUUAAAGGGUUUUUUGGAAGCUCCCUGUGCAGAGAGCCCAGAUGGAGGGAUCUUCAGAAGGUGAAAUUUCUGAAGCCUGCUUCACAUGUUCGCAUUGUGCCACUGUUACUCAGAUUAUUCACAGUUAUGGCGCUUUGGCCACGGACCAAGACGAGCGAGAAGGACGCUGGUGAGCCUGAUAGUGUGUCAUUACCCAGACUGAAAGCAGAUUGAUCGCUUGAGGAGCGCAGUUUUUCCCCCAUAAUGUACAGUCUCACUCGAAUCAAGCCAGUGUUUGUUGAAAUGAGUGGUCCUGUGGUGAAAUGCUCCUCGGUAGGUGCCUCGAAACGGCCACCUUUGAUAUCACGCUUGUUGGAAUCUCAAAUAAGCCGUGACACUGUGUAAAAACACUGCCGUUUUCUAAAGGAGCGAUCCAAACGUUACAGUAGCUGCAUAGGGGUAAAGUCCAGAAAAUCCCGUUUGAAUGAUAAUGCAUGCCAUCUCUCGUUUAGCCACGAAAAUAGCCAUUGUAAACAUACUAUAUUAGCUAGAGAGAGAUGUUGGGCUGUGUAGACACUUCUAUUGUAGUCAGUUUCACUAUUUUGUAACGCGUCAUUCCCAAACUGAGACAAUAUCAAGGAGCUAAAAGCCAGUUGAACUGAAAUGGAAUGAACGAAGCCUUCACUGUGUAGCGAACACUGCCGAAUGAAGCCAUCUUAUUCUGUCCCCCGAUCGAUAAGGGCUGUAAACACUGUUCAUCUGAAGAUGCUUUAUGUGACAGUGUCUGUUUAUGGCGGUGUUACAUGGCGACUGAGGGAUUUAUCCAUUUGUUUUGUAUUUGAUUUCAUCCAGUUUGCUCUGUUCGGCCCUCGUUGCCCUCUGGAUCAAGUUCUAUGCCUCGUUCUUACAAAUUGUGUCCAUAAGCAGCUCAGACAGCCCCCCUGUUUCAUCCACCGAGGUCACCCGCAAGCUUUUCUCCCAGACACUUUGAUAUUAACGCAGCUGCGCCCAUAAGAAAAGGGCACAGGGGAGAUAUCAUCCGCUCAUUACUGCCAUUAAUCACAAAGGACACACUGUCUGCUGCAAAAUAGCAGCAAAUCAUCACUGUUAUAAGAAAACCGCCCAACUGCAUUUUAAUAUUUGAAGGCUAAAGCCGGCUGUUUAAUGAAAAAUGGACCACGGUCACGAUUAAAGGACCCAUUUCCUACAUUUAAGUCCACUUAGGACAUUUUCUACAAUUAAACAGGCUGUUUUUAUAACUGUGCCUUUAAGACUGGCUGCCCUGUGUUUUGCCUCAUUUAAGAUAGUCGGACACACUCCUUAUAACUCAAAUGGGCGGCGCUAAACUAUAUUUAGCGGAAAAAUAAAAAACCUGGUAUCUCCAUUUUUGCCGUUUUCAGUUUUUGACAUAAUUUGAAAAUGACUUGCUCUUUACACUGUGUGUAAAUUUCAUGGUGAACCAACUGGGAGAAACGGCCCCAAAAUACUUGGAAAAACGUAAAAGUAAAGUAGUAUUUUUCCUUCUCCUACCAUUUUGGAGAUAUGAGGUUUUCUUCUGACAGCAGCGAUACAUAUUAAAAUAUACACAUAUAUACAGCACUGUGUGGAAG